UGUACCACGUACUUCACGUUCCCGUCCGGUAGGUGGCUGCUUUGGGUCGCUCAAAUCAUUAAACCACUGAAGAAGACGAACAAGGAAGUAGCUAGUUUUCAGAGGUUCAACAUGAGAAUAAACGAAGACACGUUAUUGGAGGGGAAAAACGUCGUGCUGGUGCCUUACAACGCACAUCAUGUUCCCAGAUACCACCAGUGGAUGGGCUGCCCGGAGCUGCAACAGCUGACUGCGUCUGAGCCUCUGACUCUGGAGCAGGAGUACGACAUGCAGAAGAGCUGGAGGGAGGAUGACGACAAAUGCACUUUCAUCAUUCUGGAUAAGCAGCGGUGGGCAGAUCCUGCAGUUCUGGAAGAGCAGUGCAUGGUGGGAGAUGUCAACAUCUUCCUGACAGACCCCAGUGACCCUUCCCUCGCUGAGCUGGAGAUCAUGAUUGCAGAACCCAGUUACAGAGGUAGAGGCUUGGGGAAGGAGGUAACACGUAUGAUGAUCUGUUAUGGGGUGACCAAACUGGGAAUCCGUAAGUUUGAGGCGAAGAUCGGUCUGGACAACAAAGUGAGCAUCGCCAUGUUCAAAAGGUUCCAUUUCCACGAGCUGUCAGUGAGCGAGGUGUUCAGGGAGGUGACCCUUGGCAUGACGGUGGACCAGGCUGUACGGACUCGGCUGCUCGGCGACAUGGCCUUCAUGCAGGAGAAAGCAUAUAGGAAGGACCGGGACAGCCGGCAGGAAGUGACAUCACCACACACCACAUCUCAAGCUGCCCUGUGAAACACGGACGUGUCUCCCCCUGUGGUUUUAGACAGGAUUGGAUGGGUGUAAUGAUAGGUAGAACACAACCGGUUUCCAACAUUUCCUGUCCCUUUUAAAUCCGUAGGGGAAUGGGUGCACACAGAGGGGAAGAGGGUGAGGUGGAAUUGAGCCUUGGUAGGGUUAGGUCAACCCUUAGGCACAGAUGUAGGAUCUGCUCACACUCCCCUAAUCUUAACCAUUUGGGGAGGGAAUGUAAAACUGUCCUUAGAUUAGGGUUUAGUUGCAGCUUCCUCCUGUAAUAGGGUAAUAGCUCCUGUGAUGGAGCAGGACAUUCUGAGUUAAGUUGGAGACUUGGAAUGGCAGGUGUUUUUUCGGGUUAAGGAUACCGUUGAACUGAAUAACUGUUUAUACAUGGCUAGGUAACACUCGCUGGGCUCCCCUAUAUUAAACAUAAUAAUAGUUAAUCGCUGCAUAGUGGUCCUAAACAGGAUUCCUUGAUCUUAAUUCAUACUUGUUAUCGUAAGUUACAGGUUAAAUGUCAGAAACAUGGACUGAUCAUGGAAAUUCAGCUUUCACCCAUAUAAUAGGGCAAAGUGAUUUGUAUUCUGCUUGUCCCAUAAAUGUGAUGUAUUGUAGAGGUGAUAUAUUCCUCUCCCUAUUUGAACCAUUUGUCAAGUGUCUUAUCUGUUUAUUUUUUUUAAGAAACAAAUGUAUCUUCACUGACAAAGAUGUGUGAUGUUUUGUUUUGUAAAUGUUCUGUGCUUAGAGUUGGUCACCAAAUUCUGCUGCAGGCCAAGUUACCAGAGUGGAUGGAACUAAUGCAAAUUUACCUCAACAAGAGUAUUUAUUGGCGUGUAUAAACCUGCCUGUCUACAAA